AUGGUUAAGCCAGGGGUCAUCUUCCCUAUUAAAGGCCCCUGCACAGCUGCCUGUUGCAUCAUAGACGUGUGCAGAAUGCCUUAUUUGAUGAGACUCGCUUUGUUCUUGUUUUGCCUGAUGGCUCUCGUGGAGAGCAGAAAACCCAGGAGGAAGAGAUGGACAGGGCUCCUGGAAACAUCCAAGCCAAGCCGCCCGUAUAAAAAGAACCUUGAUGUGACCAAGUCCCGGACAGGAAAGCCCCGGCCUCUGCUCAGGGUAGAGGACCACGACUUCACCAUGAGGCCAGCCUUUGGAGGCCCCGCCAUCCCCGUAGGUGUGGACGUGCAGGUGGAGAGUCUGGACAGCAUCUCCGAGGUGGACAUGGACUUCACCAUGACCCUGUACCUGAGGCAUUACUGGAGGGACGAGAGGCUGGCCUUCCCCAGCAGCAGCAACAAGAGCAUGACCUUCGAUGGCCGGCUGGUGAAGAAGAUCUGGGUUCCGGAUGUCUUCUUUGUGCACUCCAAGAGGUCCUUUACUCACGACACCACCACCGACAACAUCAUGCUGCGAGUGUUCCCGGAUGGCCACGUGCUAUACAGCAUGAGGAUUACCGUCACUGCCAUGUGCAACAUGGACUUCAGCCACUUCCCCCUGGACUCCCAGACCUGCUCUUUGGAGCUGGAGAGCUAUGCGUACACAGAUGAAGAUCUGAUGCUGUACUGGAAGAACGGGGACGAGUCCCUGAAGACAGAUGAGAAGGUCUCCUUGUCCCAGUUUCUGAUCCAGGAGUUUCACACGACUUCCAGACUGGCUUUCUACAGCAGCACUGGCUGGUACAACCGUCUAUACAUCAACUUCACUCUGCGUCGUCACAUCUUCUUCUUCUUGCUCCAAACCUACUUCCCUGCCACCCUCAUGGUCAUGUUGUCCUGGGUGUCCUUCUGGAUCGACCACAGAGCUGUGCCUGCCAGAGUCUCACUGGGCAUCAUGACGGUGCUGACCAUGUCGACCAUCAUCACGGGCGUGAAUGCCUCUAUGCCCCGAGUGUCCUACAUCCGGGCCGUGGACAUCUACCUCUGGGUCAGCUUUGUGUUCGUCUUCCUCUCUGUGCUGGAGUACGCAGCUGUCAACUACCUGACCACGCUGCAGGAGCAGAAGGAACGGAAGCUUCGGGAGAAGCUUCCAUGCAUGUGUGGAAUGCUUCAUUCAAGGACCAUGAUGCUGGAUGGAAGCUACAGUGAAUCUGAGGCCAACAGCCUGGCAGGCUACCCAAGAAGCCACAUUCUACCAGAAGAAGAAAGGCCAGACAACAUUGUGGUUCAUUUGGCUCUCAACAGUGAAUUGACCUCCUCCAGAAAGAAAGGCCUUCUCAAAGGCCACAUGGGUCUCUACAUCUUCCAGAACACCCAUGCCAUUGACAAAUACUCCAGGUUGAUAUUUCCUGCCUUCUACAUAGUUUUCAACCUAAUUUAUUGGUCAGUGUUUUCCUAG